GGAAGGGCAGGUCCAACCCCCCUGGUUGGCAGAAGUCCUGGGGGAGGCGGAGAACAGAGGUCUGACUUCUGGGGCCGCAAGGCAGAGGGGGAGGGGCUUCGGGUCCCGGGUCUCUGGGGAAGAAGGGACCUAGAGGCAGGGACUUCUGGGUCCAGGGGAGGAGUUUGGAGACCUGGAGUCUUGGAGGAGAGGGCUAGGGGCUGGAAUAUCAGGAUAUCUGAGGAAUGGGAGGGGCCCAGGUCAUAAACUGAAUUAGAGUGAAAAGGAAGUGGAGGAGCAGACUCAACCCUGGGGUAGGAGGGGCCACGCUCGGUGCUUGGCAGGGCUUUGGGGGUAGGACUGGGGGUUCCAAACUCCCGGAUCUGAGGGAGGAGGGGCCUGGACUAGGAUGGAGGGAGGAGGAGAGGCUAGGAAUCCUGAGUCUCAGGGAGGAGGGACCCGGGGCCUGGACUCCAGGUCUGAGGGAGGAGGGGCUGGGGGCUGGACCCCUGGGUCUCAGGGAGAAGGGGCCGGGGACUGGACCCCUGGGCCCUCCCAGCCGCCUGUCCUCCUGCCCCAGGAGCAUCACUGUCCUCUGUGCUGAAUGAGCUCCCCAGCACUGCUACCCUUCGGUACCGAGGCCCUGGGGUGCUGCCCUGGGGGGCCCUGGAGGAAGAGGAGGAGGAUGGACAGAAGAACAUCCAGUCUUUCGCAGAAGCCACACGAAAGGAACUGCAGGAACCUGGCCCUUCCCGGGAACUGCCAUGGCCCAUGCAGGCCAGGAGGGUGCACAGAGCCUUGCCAGGAACCAGGUGGCUCAGGGCUCGUGGUCCAGGGCAGCCGCCUGGACUCUGCUGCUUCGGAGGUCCAAGGAGAAGGUGCGGGGAGGCCUGAGCUCCGUGCAGCCCUGGGAGUGGACGCUGAAGAGGAUCGGGGGUACCGUGGGCUUUGGGCCGGCAUCUUGGGACGGGACUGAACCCCUGUGUCUGAGGGAGGAGGGGCCUGGGACCACCAGACUCAGAAAGGAGCCCGCGGCCUCUCUGCUGCCCCCUGCAGGCCAGUUUGGCUCCGGCACCAAGUCUUACUUCUCGCUGCUGCGCUUCCUGCUGCUUCUCAACGUGCUGGCCUCCGUGCUCAUCGCCUGCAUGAUUCUGCUGCCCACCUGGUUGGAAGGGGCUCCCCCUGGUCCCCCUGCCCCUAAUGCCUCCUCGCCCUGCGGCUCCUACAACCCCGGCUCCCAGGGCCUGGUCACCUUCCCCACCGAGCUCUUCAACUUGCUCUCCGGAGAGGGUUUUCUAGAAUGGUCUCCUGUCUUCUAUGGGUUCUACCCACCCCGCCCACACCUGGCCAUCACCUACCUGUGUUCCACCUUUGCCAUUGGCCUCCUCUACCUGCUGCUCAUCCUGCACCGCUCGGUGUCUGGGCUGAAGCAGACGUUGUUGGCUGAGUCAGGAGCCGUUACCAGCUACAGCCACCGGGUGUUCUCCGCCUGGGACUUUGGCCUCAGCGGGGAGGUCCACGUACGGCUGCGCCAGCGCAACAUCCUAUUUGAGCUGCAGGUGGAGCUGGAGGAAGCGGCGGUGAGGCGCCAGGCUGCGGUGCGGACCCUGGGCCAACAAGCCAGGGUGUGGUCGGUGCGGGCGCUGCUCAACCUGGUGGUGGUCGCGCUCCUCGGGGCAGCCUUCUACGGCGUCUACCGGGCCACAGGGGCCACUGUGGAGCUGCAGGAGAAGCCUCUUAUCCAGCGGAUGCCACUGCUGAAGCUCGUGGUGGAUUACCUUCCGUCCAUCUUCAUCUCCGGGGUCAACUUCGUGCUGCCACCGGUGUUCAAGCUCAUUGCCCCACUGGAGGGCUAUACCAGAAGCCGCCAGAUUGUUUUUAUACUGCUCAGGACAGUGUUCCUCCGCCUGGCCUCCCUGCUGGUCCUGCUCGUCUCUCUCUGGAAUCAGAUCACUUGCAGGGGUGAUGUGGACCCUGAGAAGUGCAAAACCUGUGGCUACAAUUACGAAGAACUUCCGUGCUGGGAGACUCGCCUGGGCCAGGAGAUGUAUAAACUCCUGCUGUUUGAUCUUCUGACCAGCCUGGCAGUCACGCUGCUCAUCCAGUUUCCUCGGAAGCUGCUCUGUGGCCUCUGUCCCGGGGCGCUGGGUCGUUUUGCGGGGACCCUGGAGUUCCAGGUGCCUGACGAAGUGCUGGGGCUCAUCUACGGACAGACGGUGGUCUGGGUGGGGAGUUUUUUCUGCCCUUUAUUGCCUUUGCUCAACACCGCCAAGUUCCUGCUGCUUUUCUAUUUGAAGAAGAUCACCCUCUUCUCCACCUGCUCGCCGGCCUCCCGCACCUUUCGGGCCUCUACUGUGAAUUUCUUUUUCCCUCUGGUCCUUCUCCUGGGUCUGGCCAUCUCCGCCGUUCCUGUGCUUUAUAGCAUCUUCCUGAUACCACCUUCUAAGCUGUGUGGUCCAUUCCGGGGGCAGUCGACCAUCUGGGCCGAGAUCCCCGAGUCUAUUUGCAAGCUCCCUCAGACUGCCCAGAAAUUUCUCUUCUUCCUGGGAACCCAGGCUUUUGCUGUGCCCCUUCUGCUGAUCUCCAGCAUCCUGAUGGCGUAUACCGUGGCCCUGGCUAACUCAUAUGGACGCCUCAUCUCUGAACUCAAACGCCAGAUAGAGACGGAGGCGCAGAAUAAAGUCUUCCUGGCACAGCGCGUUGUGGCGCUGAGCUCGGCCAGCAGAGCUCUUUGACGUCUCCUACCUGGCUCAGGGUGACGUCCCACUUUCAGACCCAGACCUGCCCCCAGCGCGUUUGUAAGCCUCGGCCACAUCAUUUGGAAAAUGAGAGAACUGGAGGGGCCCCAAGCUUUUCCAGCCCUGGGACUCACUGCUAAGUCCCCGACUCUCCAGUGAACCUCUUUCUAGUAUCAAUAAACACAGCGGAGGCUACUGAGCCUUUCUGAAACUCGCGUCCGGAAGCCGGGGACAAGGCUUCAGCGGGACAUAAGUCAAUCAAAUAUGUUUACCUGUGGGUUGGCGCGAAGGGUUCUUCCGCGAGAGAACCAGGGCGUGUCAGCCAAUCACUGGCUGCGUUCAGUAGCGUAAGGGCGGGGACACUUGUGAUUGACUCAGAAUCUUGAUAAGAGGCGGUCGC